AUGAGAGUCUCGGAUAUCAUCAACGACCAAACUCGAGACUGGAACAUAGAAGAAAUACAAAGGAUCCUACCUCACCAUCUUAGAACCAUCCAGACCAUCCGACCAAGCAAGAAGGGAGCUACCGACAGCUAUCUCUGGCUUUCUACAAAAACAGGAGAGUACACAGUCAAAACAGGCUACUUUAUGGCUAUGCAGCAAAACGAGGAUCAUACUUAUCAACCCGAUCAUCUGAAUUUCAACUGGAAUGCAGAGAUUUGGCAUGCCAAAUUCUCACAACAAAUGAAGGUGUUUUCAUGGAAAGUAAUACAAAGAGCCUUACCACUCGGAGAGAAUCUUAUGAAUCGUGGAUUGCUAGACGCUGCAUGUUGCAUCCACUGCGGUGAACUUGAGACAACAGACCACCUCUUCUUCCACAGUGGCUUUGCCAAGGAAGUAUGGAACCUAGCCUCUUUCUCCAUCACGCUAAACCACACUCACUUAACCAGCUUCAUCGAAACCCUCAAAACAGCCAAAAACUGGAUCUGUCUUCCUCCCACCGGUGUCGGAGCAUGA